GAUGAAAUGCAAACAUUGACAAAAAUAUUUCUGCAAAAUAACAAUAUAACAUAUAUCCGGAAGGGAGUUUUUAACAAUACUGGUAAAGUUAAAAUCAUAAACGUUUCGAGAAAUAGCAUUGAAAUGCUUGAAAAUGGAACUUUUCACGCAAUGGAUAAGCUUAAACAGCUAGACCUGUCAAGGAAUGAAAUACAACAUAUCAAGGAAGGAGUAUUCGAUGAGCUCAUCGACCUUGAAAAUUUAAAAUUGAAAGAAAAUAAGAUUGAGACAAUUGAACCAGGUGCAUUCAAAAACCUUAUUUCUCUCACAAAUGUGGAAUUGGAUGGUAACAAACUUACGGAUCUCGACAACAGAACGUUUCUCAAUUUACGAUCCCUUUUCUCACUGUCACUGAGCAGAAAUCGUCUUAAAUUUCUACCCGAUGGGUUUUUUACUGGUCUAACUCAUCUGACAACCCUGGUAAUAUAUGAAAAUGAAUUUACCACCAUUCCACGUUUUGAUGAAGGCCAUUUAAAUAAUUUAUUUUUUGGAAGCAAUCUUAUCAAAUCCCUAGACAACUUGAAGUUAAUGAGGAAUAUUUCARAACUUAUCAAUGUUUUCUUUGACAACAAUAGAAUCGAACGCAUUCUCAACGAUACCUUUAAARGAGCCACCAAGCUGAUUGCUAUAUCGUUAACUGGAAACCCGCUGAGAGUUAUUGAAGAUGGGGCAUUUCUGUCACUCCCAAGUCUUAAAAUCAUAAAUUUGUUGGACACCCAGUUGACGGUUCCGCUAAACAUUUGGCCCACAAAAACUCUCAUAACCUUCAUCGUGCUACAGAGCAGGGCCUCAACCAACGACAUCGUGAUUCGAGGUCAGAACACGAAUUCCCGGCUGGUCUUAAUUACAGUUGGAUACAUCUGCAGAGAUGUGGCAUUUGACACGUACGAUUGUGAACCCUGCAAUAGAGGAAGCUUCAAGUCACCGUCAAGACAAGCUUGUGAACUCUGCCCACCUGGAACCAAUCUCAAACAAUAUGCAAAGUUUCGCGCUUGCAGAUGCAUGGAAAACUACUACCGCCUUCGCCGAUUUGGACCUUGCAGUAUAUGCACCAAAGGUAACGUGUGCCUUAAUGAAACCAUCGAUCUUGCGCCAAGGUUCUAUUGGAUGUGGCAAAGCAAGAGAUCCCAGCAACAAUACGAGGAUUUCAAAGAUGAYCUAAUGAUAACGACUGCAGAGUAUAAAAUCAAUACAUUUGAAGAGAACAUACCAAAUGUCUACGCUUGUCCAGUUGCAGAAUCUUGCUUGGGMAAAAGUCAUUCAGAAUGCAGCGAAGGCUACGAGGGUCCUCUGUGUGCUGUUUGUGGCAAGGGAUACUUCAACGUGUUAACCAAGUGCCGAGAGUGUCCAACUUUACCAUGGAUCAUUGGACAAAUAGUAGUUGCUUCACUGGGUAUGACUUUCCUGAUCGUCAUUGUUUUGCGGGAAAAGAAAAAAGAUCCCGACAAYCCAACACGGACAUUAACGGAUAUCUUUCUAGCGAGACUUAAAAUUGUCAUCGGGUUUUAUCAAGUGUCGGUGGCCACUUUCGACUCUUUUUCUUACAUCAGUUGGCCGGGACCUGUCGUUAGCAUUAUGAAGUACGCUAAAAUGGUGCAGUUUAAUCUYUUACUCAUAGCACCUGUGAACUGCAUAAAUCAUUCAAUCAGAGCAGAYGCUUAUACUCAGCUUCUUCUUAGCGUCGUAAUCACAGGGCUUGUCAUCUUGAUUGGGCCAAUUUUCAACUUUCUCGCAAAGAUUUACGUAAAGUGCAAAAUUAAAGGAAAGGAGAAUCAACAGAUGCAAAUAAGAGAAUACAAAGAGAAAAGCUAUCGGUUUUUGAUCUUGAUCCUUUUCAUUACCUUCCCAUCGACAUGCACUCACAUCAUCCAGAUGCUUCCUGCUGCCUGCCAAGAGAUAUGCUCCUACGGCAACGUCCURUGCAAUUCAUACCUCAAAGCUGAUUACUCGAUCAAAUGCAAUACAGCAAAACAUAGCAUUUAUGGCAAUUUCGGCUCAGUAGCUUUGAUAUAUUGCAUUGGCUUUCCAAUGUCGAUUUUUGCUCUCCUGAAAUAUGCUCGACGAAAUAUUGGUGUUGACAAAGAGAAUAAGAAUGUCAUAUUAGCUGGGACUCGCUUUCUGUACGAAAAUUACUCACUAGAUUGCUGGUUCUGGGAGAUUGUGGAGCUUGUGCGUAAGAUAGUGGUCACCUCCAUGCUUAUCCUGAUGAAUGCCGAGAGCCGCACUAGUCUUGGUCUUACUGCCAUUUUAUCUGGCCUAUACUCAGUAGGGUUCGCUUACUCCAAGCCUAUCAAAGACGCCUUUGAGCACUGGCUACAGCUGACAUCGCUGAUGGCAAGUUCUGUUAACUUUACCAUUGGAAUGCUAAUGAAAAUCCCAGAAGAAGAAUCUUCAUCAGGCAUCGACAACCAAACCGACACAUUUAUAGUUACAGCUUUMCUUGUUGCUGCAAAUGUCUUGGUGAUUGCUCUGGUUGCAGUCCAGUACCUCUCAAAAGCGUUGGCGAAAAUACUUGCUUUGAAGGAGAAUCCCGAAUGUAGUGCCUCAUGUUGCCUCGAGAUACUSCAGCUUGUUUCCGAGGUGCCUGGCGAAGUAACUGACGUGUCUGCUCCCGCUCCACCAACUGAAUCUCAAGAUCUUUUCCAAAAUGCUACAGAAGCAAAGRAUCAAGSAAAUCUUAACAAUAAUAUACAUGGACCUGUGAAAGAUGUUCCCAAWAAGAUUUGAAACGAAUUUACUUCGUUUCCAAUAUUGCCUUGUUAUCAAUACUUAAAUUAUGUUCAAAAAAUGAGUGGAUCAUGAUUUGGACAUAAUCCCUUUUUUUUCAUUCGGUAAAUACCUCUUUCUCUUAUGACUAAGGCCCCGUCCACACGUAUCCGCAAAUUUUUGUAUCCGCAAUUUUUUUUACGGAUACGGGUUGMGUCCACACGUGUCCGCAAAUUUUUGUAUCCGUAYCUGGAAAUUUUACGAAAACGGAUACGUGUGGAYGGUAACGUAGCUUUAUAUAUAAACAUUUAUUGCAUUUUAAGGGGUACUGUCUGCAAAGUAUCUUAAUAGCUUUAGCUAAUACACCAUUUGCUGUUCAUUAACCGCAAAGGAAUAUUCAUUGAAGCGAAGAAGCAUUGYCAUUAGAGCGAACAGGCAUACAAUAAGRCGAACGGAGUCUCAAUAGUACGAUGGAACGUUCAUUAAGAAAUUUAGUAUUGAAUUUGACAAUCAUGAAUAUGGUUGCGUGGGUUCAUUAACGUUUUCAAACUUUCAUUAGCGUUUUGGUGUAGUAACUUUUAAUCGUCAAAAAUUGUUUAUUAUAUAGCUUAAUAUGCGCGCUCUGAUUGGUCGAGAAUGGUGCUUUAUUAGAAAACGGAGCACGAUCGAUUGCUGACGCAAUCCUCGCGCGCAGCAAACCUUGCAAAGAAUUGUAACAAAACAGCACUGAAAUCUCCAAAGGAGAUUUCCUUUCUUGACCUUUUUGAUUUAACACCAUUUUUGAAGUUCGUGCAAGCUCAAACAAUAGAUGACAACAAAGAUUGCACGUAAUGGAUGUCCACGUAAUAUAAAUUCCCAUUUGCUUUCUAUACUAACUUACUAACUAAUAUGAAUUCUAUUUCUUCAUGGGUUAAAUAAAAUCACUUUAUGCACGAAUUUUGCUUGCUAAAAAAAACCAGAAGGAAUUCUUAACCCGUACAAAUUUUUUUUGUUUUCGCAUCCACUCCCAGGCUUCGUUCUGCCGGUUGUGGAUUACCUAUUGUUGGCUUGUACUGUCGAACUUCAAAAAAGAGUGUUAAGGAAAAAGGACGGCCUAUUUCAACAGCUAUGUUUAACACUUUUUUUGAACUUCGUGCAAUCUAAAACAAUGUGACAACAACAAUGUUGUUUCCCAUGUUUCAAUGUUGUUUCAAUGUGAAUUCCCUUUAUUCCUUAAGGAAUGAAUGGUUGCAGGAAUUAA